AUGUCGCUUAUACGUCUUACCUCACCGUUAGCACGGACAUUUUAUUCCACGCCAUUUAAUAAAAAUGCUAUAAAAUAUCAAAAAUUAUCAUCGUUACUUCAAAAACGUACUAUCGUUACUCAUAUGGAAACAAACCAACCAAAAACUUUUUCGAAUCAAAAUAAAAUUCCUCGUCUUCCAAUUCCCACUUUGAAAGAAACGGCUGAACGUUAUAAGAAAUCUUUAUUACCUCUUUUAUCUACUUCUGAUUAUAAUCAAGCGGUUAAUGCUGUUGAUGAAUUUAUGAAAGAAGGUGGUUUUGCUGAAGUUCUUCAAGAAAGAUUACAAAAUGUUGAUAAAAGUGAAAAGUAUAAUUGGCUAGAAACCAUCUGGUUAAAUAAAGCAUAUUUAGAAUGGAGAGAUCCUUCUCUUAUAAAUGUCAAUUGGUGGGUCGAGUUUAAUGAUCCCGCUACCGGAAUUCUAAAAAAUCCUCCCCCAAAAGGUCAAAUAUCCGAAUUUCAAAUAGAUAGAGCUGCUGGGUUAAUAUCAAAUACAUUGACAUUUAAUGAUAUGAUUAACAAUGAACUAUUACCACCAGAGACAACACGUCAGGGUCCAUUAUGUAUGGAUCAAUACACUAAACAAUUUGGUGCUACGCGCAUCGCUGAUUUUCCCGCUGAUCGUGAAAGAGUUCCUAUUAAAGAAAUUAAAAGGCAACUUAUAUCUGUGGCUGACCAAGUAAAUGGUACUAAGGAAUUACAGCCUCCAAUAGGUUUAUUGACUGGCGAGCACCGUGACACCUGGGCAACGGCUCGCAAAAAGCUUGAAUCAUCGUCUACAGUAAACAAAAUCAGCAUUGAAGCAAUUGACACUGCUUUAUUUUGUGUAGCAUUGGAUGAUUAUCCUCUUGAUCAAGAUAUUGAUAUCUCUCAUCAUAAUAAUUUUCAUGCGUAUAAUGGGCGAAAUCGAUGGUUUGAUAAAGCAAUUCAAAUAAUUGUGGCUAAUAAUGGACGUGGUGGUGUUAAUGGCGAGCAUUCACCUUCUGAUGCUGUAAUUCCUGGUCGUAUAUUCGAUUAUAUCCUUUCAAAUGAACCAGCACAAGAUCUACCAAACGCAUCUCCUAUUGUGUUGCUAUCUCCUCAAUAUUUAAAAUGGGAUGUUGAUAAUUCUAUAAUGAACACAAUUCAACAAGCUCAAAUUAAUAUCCAAGCUGCAAUAGAUAAUGUUGAUAGUGUUUUAUUGCAUUAUACCGAGUAUGGUGCUGAUUGGCUUAAAAAGGCUAAAGUCAGUCCUGAUGCAUUUGUUCAGAUGGCAAUUCAACUUGCUUAUUAUAAACACUAUAAUGAACCAUGUGCGACUUACGAAUCUGCAUCUAUUAGAGGUUUUUUACACGGUCGUACUGAAACUGUGAGAACUUGCUCUGUGGAUACUGUCGCAUUCACCAAAGCUUUUUGUGAUCCAAGUGUGAAGAAAGAAGAAAAAAUUUCUCUACUCAUGAAGGCUAUUGAAUCACAUAUUGAAUAUAUGAAAUCCGCUACCAAUGCAACUUUAUUUAAUGAUCCUUCAUAUAUUAAAUCAAUGUAUUUUAAACUUUCUACUUCAAAUAUGAGCCCUUCUCCAAGUUUUCAUUGUGGUUAUGGAGCUGUAGUUCCUGAUGGUUAUGGAGUUUGUUAUAUUAUUAGAAAUGAUAAAUUGAAAAUUAGUAUUAGUAGUUUUAAAAAAUGUAAUGAAACUGAUAGUUCGACUUUUAGAAAGGUCUUAAAAGCUUCGUUGGAUGAUUUGAGAGAACUUUUAUAA